UUCCGAUACAUCCUUGCAUCCCUAUAUUUACUUUAUGGUUACAACCGUACGCCAUAUUGUUUGAAAUGUCAGAUCAUUGUAUGUUGGUGAAGACAAGCUGUUCUGUUGUUUUUGUUAUUUUUUGUUAUAUUAAUGACGAUUUAAUAUUUGUAGUGAAGUGCUAAAUUAAAAUAGACUAUGGGAAAGUUAAAGCAUUUCUUAAAAAUACUACUUGGUAAAGAGUGUGAUCAAGUGUAAUCCGAUCAAAGAUAAUGCCGACACGAUGAAGCUUUUAUCGCUGUUAUUUGUGAUUAUAUCCAGUGUCGGCGUCCCUAUGAUCUCGGCGCAUACCGAUAAUUGCACUAGUACUAACAACCAUGGCGACUAUAAAGUAUGUGUUAAAACAAUAUCACAUUCACUGGCUAAUAGGUUUAAAGAAAUAGUGGUCAACGAGCUUGGCAGCGAAUUUGCAACAUCUUCAUGCAUACACUUCGAAGUACGCACUGUUCAUAAAGACAAUCGUUAUCAAACUUCCGACGGUGAUACUCUUACUAAUAUCGCUGAUAAAUUGACAUAUAAAUUAUCUUCAGCUAAGAGUAUCCUAAGUGAAAUGAUAAAUGAAACUAAACGUAAUAAUACUCCGUCCUUCACUCACCCAUGUCCUUUUAACUCAAUACGUAAAUCGGUAUUUUUCAAAAGCUCCAAUGUUUAUGGCAGUCUAUCACUGGAGACCAAGUCUAAAAUGAUGGGCCGAUUUAAAGACUUGAAAGUCAAGAGACAGUACUUUCUGUCACAUAUUGAUUAUGCUACAGACAGAAACUGUGCAACAAUGCCUCAUUCAAAUUUAAGAUAUUUAUAUCAUAAGAUAAUUCACCCAGACCCAAAACUUGUAGUGUUUAUUAUUGAUAAUAAUGUCAAUGUUGACACUUUGCAACAUUCUAUAAGUGUAGUAAAAGAAACUGCUUAUGCACUACAGAGCAAGGAUGUUAUAGCAUUAAAAAUGACAAAUACAACAGACUUUAUCAAGUUUAAAGAUGCAUGCAGUGGUGAUGGUAUGUCAAGUCUGGGCAAUACAACUGAUAACAACAAACUGCUUCUUAGAGAAUAUCUAUCAUCAAUAGAUGUAGCAUCUGAAAAUAUUUCACCUUUGAUUAUCAAUCAAGAGCUCAGGAAAUUACUGACUGAAAAGGAUUUGCCAAGAAACAGAUUGUUCAUUUUCUUAACCGAUAAAAAAAUCCUGAAAAAUGACACAUGGUUGAGACUGUUCCCAUACACUGAUCAGGAUCAGCAUAUGAAGUUUGCGAUAGGACUUAUGUAUGAAAAUGAGAUUGACAGAAAUAGUUCUCUUGGCAUUUUACAUAUAGAUAAAUGGCAUAAUCAUUCAAACAAUCAUUCAGUAAUGCGACUUCAUAUAAAUGACAGUGGUGUGGUUGGUCAAGUCGCUUCAGCAUUUAUCUCAUUGCUGUCAGGAAGCUAUGAAAAUAGUACAAUUCGUGUUGAAGACCCAAUUUGGGAAGCCACAGAAAGGGACUUUAUGAUAUCAUUAGUGCUUCCCAUGACUAGUGGUGUUCUAGGUUUAGACCUUUACUGGUCAGAUCUUGCCGAAGAUAUAGUUUAUUUUAAAGGUAUAAAUAAAAACAAAAGAGCUUUUGUAAUGGAUUUCUCAGGAAAAGUUAUCAUGCAUACAUUUUAUCCUAGACCAGAAUCAUCAUCAGAAAAAAUUAAGUUUACAUAUCUUGAAUUUAUUGAAACAUAUGAUUUUAUAAAUGGUCUUAAGAAAGAGAUGUUAUCUAAUAAAUCUGGUGUUUUGACAAUGACUGAACAAAACUCCACUAAACCCUUGAUUUAUUCUUGGAAAUGGGUAGAAAAUUUAUAUAUUGUAUGUAUAGUGAAUGAGGCAGCGGAACAGAAUAUUUUUAAUAAAACUAACAUAUUUUUUACAAGUAAAGAAAUUUUGUUUCAUAGACUUGAUCUGUUUCCACCAAAAACAGGCACAAUAUGUCGACAUUUCAAACAAAUCGCUACUAUCGAUCAGGGGACUGUUUAUUUGAGCCCCUCCAGUUUUCAGUCCCCAUUUACAUACCUUUAUGAUAUGGGUGAUGGCUCAGAGGCAGUUACUUACAUGCAAAACUAUUUAGCUUAUUUAAAAAGCUUAGCUUAUGGUCUUCUGUCUAAUCCAGGCUUAAAAAAUGAAAUUCAGCAAGAUGUCAAUUUUCUUAAUUCCAUCUUAUCCUUUUAUAAAAGACAACAUUUACAUGGGUUCUACUCCAAAUAUGUUGUUAGAAGAUAUGCAGUUACCGAAAGUGGUGUACUUGUUAUGUUCCCUGGGACAGUAUUAGAGUAUGACUAUGAACCAGUUAGGAGGCCAUGGUACACAUAUGCAUUGGAAAACCCUGGGAAAAUAAUAUUAACUCCUCCUAACUUGGACGUUGGUGGAGCAGGGUAUGUAGUAAGCGUAUCCUAUGCAGUGAAAGUACCUUUUUAUCCUACAAUGGUAGUCUCAAUGGAUGUAACUAUGGGCUUCCUUUAUAAACUUCUAAUUGACAGUCUCCCGCUUUGUGCUAUGUCAUAUUUUAAAUGUUUUAUCAUGAAUAACCGGGGCUACUUAGUUUCACAUCCUGGUCUCAUGGAUCCCAACAGCUCUGGCCCGAUUGAACACCAGCAUAUCACUCACAAGGAGUCAAUGAUUGCAAAUGACAUCUUGAAUCACAAAGGGUUUGUUACAAAAAGAUUGUGCAAUAACUUUUAUGAUAAAACCAUACAGAGGUAUUAUGAAUUCAACACCUCAUUGCCUAAUGUACUUUCCAACGUGGUUUCAGGAGAUCAUUGUGUCCAUUAUUAUAUUGCUGCUAUUCCUGGUACUAAUGCGUUUAUUGGUCUUGUCAAUGUUUCAUGCAGUGUAGGUGCCUUCUGCCCAUGUAGCAUGAUUGACCGACUUUGCUUUAAUUGUAAUCGAAUGGAGCAGACAGAUUGCGAAUGCCCUUGUGAAUGUAGUUCUGAGUUGUACGAAUGUCCGAAUUCGAAUUCGUCAAAAUUGUACCAGGAUAAUAUUCCAUUGUGUGGCAUGAUGCCCGAAAACAACAAUCACAAGUCCCAUUACUUUCACAACUUUGCAGAAAACCUAAAAUCUUGUUUCGACUUCCAGUGCGAGAGUUAUGUGACUCAUUCGUCAUGCUUGGGCGUACUCGGAUGCGAGUGGUGUCAGAUUGACACAGAUGCUCAAACUCCGCUUUCUGCGCCAUUUUGCACUUCUCAAUCGACCUGUUUCAACGGUGUUCUUGGCGCCGUCACUCCGUAUGGUGAAGGUACUUUUGGACAAGUAAAUAGAGAUGCCUUGUUAGGUUAUUCAGCGAUAGGGCCAAUAGCAGGGUGUAUAGUUACUGUCAGCUUAGUAAUAGCAGUUGCUAUAUAUUGUUAUAGGCAAAAUGUGACAACUGCUAGUUGCCAUAAUUUAUAUGUCGACGGUCCAGCGGAGACUUGGCAUGACGCUGAUGUUCAAAUGAGCCACAUGCAAUCUGACGACAUGCAUGACCAGUCCGGGCAAGAUAAAUUACUCCCGGCUAUGGAGAUCGAAGCGCCAAUAUCGCCCUACAGAAUAGUUACAGGAUACAGACGCGCGCACACAGCAGGCGGUUCAGACCAUGGCUACUCCACUAUGACACCCCAUGAAGAUUCUGAAGCUACAGGCUUCUCUGUAAAUGAUCCGACGAUUUUGUCGGAUGAUACAAAGUCCGACAUAAGUUGCCCAUUGCCAGCAAAAAUAAAACCGAGAUUAAAAUCUUCGGAUUUAAGUGUAACUGUAUUACCAUGCGGUAAAAACAGUAUUAUAGCACCAGUGACUGUCCACAGGCAUAUGGAGGCUUCGUAAAACCUCUCAUAUGAGUGUACACAUCUACCUCCUAUGUAUAUACAUUAUAUUUUUAAUUAAUUAUUGUUUUUAUUAUCUAGUAUAUAAUUUUAAUGACGUGAUAAAUCUUAAUUUUUGUUGCUAACAUUUUCAAUCUAAUGAAUUUAAUCAGUGACAAUUUAACAAUUAUUGUACUUAGAUAGUUAAGGAACUACUGUCUUAUUUUAUUGCAUACUGCGUAUGUGUAAUUUAUUACUUAUUAUAUGGUGCUUAGUUUUAAAUUUAGGAAUGUCACGAGCAAAACCUACACUAAAAACACCACUGAAUGAAUAUUGAAAUGUUUUCAUACGAAAUAACCAAGUUAAUGUAAUAAUUUAUUAGUGUUAAUUCAUAUUUAAAUUGUACAGUCAACAGCAUGUCAGGUGGUACAAAACUGUCUUUCUCUAUUUGAAUUUAUUAAAUCUUAAGUAUUGUGGUUUGUGUUCAAAAUCGCUUAAGGAAAUUAAACAUAUUAUAAUAACCCCACUUGCAGCAGUAUGUACACAUAUGUACAAGGUGCCUACUGUAUGUAGUUUUGUUUUCGUUAUAAAUAACUAAAUAAUCGUUGAACUCGUUGGAGUCCUCUAUAGGCUUAUUUCUUGCUUAAUAAUAUUUUUUUAAUUGUUCAUUAAUAGCUAAAGAUUUUAAGGAUUAAUGUGCAACGAAAUUUAUAACUAACGUAAUGAGUGUCAAAGAAGAAGAGGUCUUAAUAAAACAGGGUAAGAUAGAAGUUGUAUUUAUUGAACAUCUUUGAAAUUGAGAUACUGUGUCAUUGUAAGGAACCUAUUGUUUGAAAAAUAUUUCAUUGCGUUAGUGUUGCGUUUAUUAUUCACUCAAUGACUCAUAAAAUCAGUGGAAUAUUAUCAGAAUUAUUUUUAAGGAUGCAAAAAUGGUUGUUAAAUAGGUGUACUUAGUAAAUUAAACUUCAUUAAUGUAAUGGUCAAUCUGAUAAGUUAAAUUGUUACUUACUAUUAUUUUUUAAGAAACAUGUGCCUGUUGUAUGAUAAUUGUAAUAUUAAUAUCUAAGACUGAAUACGGUGUUGCAUUUACUUGGUGUAAUACAUUUUCUUUUCUAUUCAAUUUGUUUUUUAAUCUUAUUCCCAAUGAAGUGUUUGU